CCGCCGCUCAGGCGCUGCUCGGGCAGCCCGCGGGGGCCCUGGCUAGGCGCGGAGGCCCCGCGCCGCGCAGCAUGGCGGCGCUGUGGCGGAGGCGGGAGCGGCUCCCGGGGCUGCGCCGUGCCGUGCGAGCCCUCUCAGGAAAGAAUGAGUAUGAUCUUCUGGUAAUUGGUGGAGGGUCUGGAGGCCUUGCUUGUGCAAAAGAAGCUGCUCAGUUUGGAAGGAAAGUGGCCGUUUUGGAUUAUGUGGAACCGUCUCCACAAGGAACCAAAUGGGGACUUGGUGGAACUUGUGUGAAUGUUGGCUGCAUUCCUAAAAAGCUUAUGCAUCAAGCAGCCCUUUUAGGGAGUGCAGUUAAAGAUGCCCAACACUAUGGCUGGAAUAUAGCCCAACCUGUUCAUCAUACCUGGUCUGUGAUGGCACAAGCUGUUCAGAAUUAUGUGAAAUCCUUGAACUGGGGACACAGAGUGCAACUACAAGACAAGAAGGUGAAAUAUUUCAACAUGAAAGGGAGUUUUUCAGAUCUGCAUACAAUCCGUGGUUUAGCAAAAGCAGGUAAAGAGACUAUUGUUACGGCAGAAAAUAUUGUCAUUGCUACUGGAGGAAGACCAAAAUACCCCACGCAUAUUGCAGGUGCACUGGAGUAUGGAAUCACAAGUGAUGAUCUAUUCUGGUUAAAAGAAUCUCCUGGAAAAACGUUGGUUGUUGGAGCCAGCUAUGUUUCACUUGAGUGUGCUGGAUUUCUAACAGGCAUUGGGUUGGACACUACAGUCAUGAUGAGAAGUAUCCCGCUUCGUGGGUUUGAUCAGCAAAUGGCAUCUUUAGUAACUGAGCACAUGGAAUCUUACGGCACAAAAUUUUUGAAGAGAUGUUUCCCAACCAAAGUUGAAAAAUUGGAGAGCAACAGAUUGCAAGUCACCUGGAAAAAUACUGAUCUGGGCACAGAAGAAACCGAUUCCUUUGACACAGUGAUGUGGGCAGUAGGCCGAGCCCCUGACACCAAAACUCUCAAUCUGGAGGCAGUUGGAGUGAAAACUAAUCCUGAAACUGGAAAGAUCAUUGUUGAUGCCAGUGAAGCUACUUCUGUUCCUCACAUUUAUGCAAUUGGAGACAUAACAGAGGGCCGUCCUGAAUUAACACCCACAGCAAUAGCUGCAGGAAAACUGCUGGCUCAGCGUCUUUUUGGCCAGUCUUCAGAAUUGAUGGACUAUGACAAUGUACCUACUACAGUUUUCACUCCCUUGGAGUACGGCUGUGUUGGACUGUCGGAAGAAGCAGCUGUGCAGUGUUAUGGUUCAGAUAAUAUUGAGGUAUACCAUGCGUAUUAUAAACCACUAGAGUUUACAGUGGCUGAAAGAGAUGCAACUCAAUGCUAUAUGAAAAUGGUGUGCUUACAAGAGAGAGAGCAACGAAUACUUGGCCUUCAUUUCAUUGGACCAAAUGCAGGCGAAGUUAUUCAAGGAUUUGCUCUUGGAAUCAAAUGUGGUGCUACGUAUCCUCAACUAAUGAAGACAAUUGGCAUUCACCCUACCUGUGCUGAAGAAAUUACCAAGUUGCACAUUACAAAGCGUUCUGGCUUGGACGCAACAGUCACAGGCUGCUGAGGUUAAAUACCAUCCCUGGAAAGAAGGAAAAAAAGCACAAAAUAUAUUUGUAAAGAAAAGGGGCAUUUAGAGUUGAGACAGCUUUAACGGUUCGAGUUCAGGAAUCUUUUUCGUUCUCUGUGUAGACUGCUUUUUCUCACAGCCUGACAAAGAAACAGUCCUCACACCAUCGCAGUUCUAAAACCAAUGCAGUCCUGCUGUAAUAAAUCUCUCUGAGUGCCUAUUACUCUCUCUUGCUGGGAGCUAGGGAAUGAUCAGGUUUAUAUACAUAAAUAUAACUGAAACCAGUGACCUCUGAGACUAUCUACAAAUUAACCAGCUGUCAUUUGAGUUUCUCUGUUGGCAUGACUGACUGCCAACAGAAGGGACUCACAUAAUGCUUGUACAGGUACUAGGAAUCAGACAGGGCCUCCCUUAGAAUUUUGAUGAUGAUGCUUUCUCCUAAGUACUUGGAUAGCUCGUUACUGAUCCUAAUCAUGAACACCAAGACUCUGUGCUCACUAGUAGAAACAAGUUCCCAGAGUGUGUAACAAUGGGUAAGCAGUCAUCUUUGGUUUUUCUUCUUUAAAAUGUAAUACAUACGGGAAUUUAAUAGAAUAUCACUUAUCCCUGAAGCUGUGCUGCUACUGGAAGAAUCCCAGUGGAUUAAUCAGUGGCAGCCUGGUCAUAACAUUAUGGUGAUGGCUGAGAAUGAAUUUGCUCAGAGGUGCUAAAGAGAGAGUUGAAUUUUAUGGUGACUUCUUUGCCUACUCUUGAAAUUUCUAAUUCAAUUCCGUUCAAAUUGAAUUGGCACAUCUCACAAAUUAUUCCUUGAACACCGUAUAUUAACCAACACUAACAAGCAGAAUCAAGCCCACUAAUAAUCCAACUCAUGCAGCAUUUUCUGUUUAAUUGAAUGUGGAAAUCUGGCUGAUGCAGUGGUAUAUUUUGUUCAUUUGUUUUUAAUAUUUUCUCCCUGAUGAGCUGGAUACUAUAUCUGAAUGGAUUUAGGUCUGGCUUUAAUAAAACAUGUUACUGAAGGGAAUGAUGUUAAACAGUGAUCUGGAAAAGAAAUGGUUCUGCUCAGAACUAAGAUAGAAAAUUAUCUGCGAACUUUGGGGGGGUUUUGGAGUACUGGCCCGAGUAAGUAAGCAUUCAUCUGUUGCAAAUGUCUGCUUAUUUUCCUGCUAUCCAGAAGGGGGAGAUGCUGGCUAAUUUGUGGCAAUAAAGGAACAGAUCUGGUAAUGAAGCUUCUUCUGCAGAAGCCUGUUAAAUAGGUAGCCUGACAAAGGCAAACACAAAACAAACUGCACUGAAUUUCAAUCCAAGUUGCAGUUGCCAACAGUUUGUAUGCAUAGUCACGUAGAGUCUUGCACCCUUUAGAGUAGAAGAGUGCAUGUAGGAAAAGAGAUCAGCUUGAGGUGACACAAAAUGUAUCCUUUUUGUAGUUAAUUUAUAUCAGUCUUUUUAUGUGUAGAAUUUGGUAUUUUCACAGCUGCCCUUUUGCUUGUUGCACGGUUUGGAAGAAUAGUCUGAUGAUCAUGUGUAUCUUUACUAUUUUUCCAUUGCUAUUUCAGUGCUGCAGCAUGCAACAGAGACAAACGGUUGGUUUGUUUCAAGCGUGAAAUCUUUUUUACCAUGAGAAUUGUACCUGUCAAGGAAAAUAUUAGACAAAAAGUGACCAGACCUUCCUUCUAAAGUAUGAUGUAAUAGUAUUUAUCACACUCUCAUUGAUACUAGUAUAAUCCAUGUUCAAAGAUUUGUUGUGACUUAAACAACAAGAAAUCUCAAAUGUUUUCUUUACAAAGUUUCCUGAUUUUUGGUCCAUAUUUCUGGUCCAUAAAAGAGGGAGGAGUGAUACAGUUUAACUGCAAGUGGCAUUCCCUAUCAGAUCUGCUGAUGCUAUUUUUCAUCUAUAAAGUCAUCCAUAAGCUUGUAGUUGAAAAGAAGUACUUUGAGUGGAAGUGUAGUUGAAACAGUGCCUGAAUAUUGCAACUGCCUUUAGAAGAAAUGAUGAAAGCUUCGCAUAUAAAUGUGUGCAUACCUGCACAUUCAGAAGUUCCUGUUUCCUUUAAUAAAGGUUUUAUGAGUAUGAUACAACCAAAAACCCUACUAGAUUUUUCCUGGCUGUUUGCAGGAAAAAAAAAAAAAGUUCCUAGUAAAUUGGGGUUUUUUUAAAUGUUACUUAAUAUUUCAUAACACUGACAUACUGAGCAUUUGCAUCUACAGAGAUUUUGCUGUGAGAAACAUCCCACCUCUGACUAAACUGUGCUGUGUAUAAAUGCAAGGUUUUUUUCCCUAGUGAUUACCUGUUACAGUUCCUUUUGUACCCACACAUGAGCACAGUUGCGUUUAGCCAUGUGAAAGUUGCUUCUCUUCUCUGUCCUACCAACGCAUCCAGCAGACCGAGUUGUCCGCCCCUACAGACAAAUCAACGGCAAGAUGAGUUAAUUUCAUUCAUCCUAAAGUUCAGAGUAAUGAUUUGGGACAACAAGUAAAGAGAUCUUAAGGAAGUGUGUCCUCAGUGUAUAUGGGGUGUGAAACUAAGGCAUGUCAUCGUUCUCAGAAGUAAUAGCACUCUCUUGGUUUUAGAAUUGCUGAGUGGACUGCGUGAAAAUUGAUCCUGUACCUUGAACAGCAGCCUCGUUCUGUUCCUCAUUUAGCGGAAGAUGUUGUUGCCCCCCAUGAAGUAAAGCUAAAGAUACAUUUGCACCUACAUAACCCUAACGUCAGAAUCAACAGCAAGACAGAAUAAUGACAAUUACUGUGAUUGUGCUUUUUUUCCUGAAGGAUUUGCCAGGGAUGGUCCUUAAGAAUUGUUUUUAAAAGCCUGACUAAUGUCAGUUGAAGUGACUGAUGUAUGCUGCAAAUUACUGAUUAUAUGUGAAAAUGUAAAAAAUAAAAAAUAUAAAUUUAGUCAGGCUUCUUCUCUGGAUGCCAGCUGAUGAGGGCUUGUUUGUCAAACCACACCAUGGUGCAAACAAGUCUGAGCGCUGCUGGGUCCCUCAUAUCUACGAUCCCAAUAUUUAUUGUGUUGUGAAUUAAUAAAGAAAUUUUUUUUCUAGUAAAGAU